AUGAAAAGUAGUAACGGUUACCAACCAUCAAUUAUGGAAUCUGAUGUAUCAUUUAUUGAUGAAAAUUCUUCAAAAGUUUAUGAUAAUGAAUAUUAUUGUAAAGAAAUUUAUUAUCCAAUAUAUUGGUUAAUUAAAUUAUUAAGAUUACCAAUAUUUACUUCAAAAAGAAAUAAUUUACGUUCAACAUUAUUAAAUCAUUUUGUAACAUUAAUUACUAUUGGUCCAAUUAUAGCAUUUUUUGUUUACAAUAUUAUAUUAACACACAAUUACCAGAUUUUAUCCCUUCAUUGGGCUCAUAGUUUUGUCUAUAAUACUUUAUUUAUCAAUGCAAUCCUUGGUGUCAUUAUGUUUAAUGGUAUACAAAAAUUUAACUUUUACUACACUUUUAUACAAAAAUUUAAAGAAUACAGAAAAAUGGAUAGUCAUAAUCGUAAAACUAUAAAUUUUUCAUUGACACCUUUAUUAAUAAAAGUUGCAUUAUUAUGGAUUGUUUAUAUAUCAUGUGCAAUUCUUACAUGCAUAGUUAACUAUCAAAAUUAUGAAAAAAAUGAAGAAAAUAAAGUUAAUUAUAAAAUAUCAAAAUUUUUUAAUAAAAAUACAUUCUUUAUUGAUUGUAUUAUUAUAAUAUUUGCAAAUAUUUUAACAUUAUUCUUUUUAACUUUAUACCUUUGUACUUAUGUAGCAGUUCAAGGUGAGAGUCAAAAUUUUUCAAGUCAAGCAAAAGAAUUACUUGAUAAUAAUUGUAUUAAUGCUAGAACAAAUAUAAUAUCAUUAUCAUCAAGACAUACUAAAUUGAUGGAUCUUAUUUCAUUUGUCAAUGGAAGUUUAGAUAGUUAUACAAGUAUUAUUAUUUUCCAUUCAAUUUUAAUAACAAUAUUUAGUAUAUCAAUUUCAAGAAAUUAUUCUCAAGCGGGAAUUGAAGGUUUAGAUAAAUUAGAAGUUCAACUACCAAUAUUAUUAUGUAUUUUAAUUGCAAUUUUUAUACUUUCACCAAUUGCCAAUACUCAUGAUAAUAUUUUAAAAGAUAAAAAUACCAUAUUAUUUAAUCUUUCAAUUUACCAUCCAUAUAAUGCAGAACUUCAUUCAACAUCAUCUUCAAUGAUUCAAAGAAUUGAAUCUGCACUUUAUACAGGAAGAUUGGUACAUUUGAUACCUGUAAAUGAAUUAAUUAUUCCAGUUGUUAUUAUCAGUACAAUCAUUUUAACACUUCUUCUUGGUGUUGUUCCUAAUUAG